UAAAUAAGUGGGUCAGAUUUUGGUCAAUAAUAAACAGAAUAAAGCAGGGUAUGGAAUUUCUAUUGCAACCACUGGAAGAGCAGUGUGAUGUCAUAAAGUAGACAAAGGGCAGGUACUGGUUUAAGUAGGAAAUGGUGUUGCUAUGGCAACCACUGGGAGACAUUGUGAUGUCAUAAUGGAGACAAGAAAGAUUAAGAUAGGCAUUGCUUUGUCCGGUUAAACACAAAUCAUUUUGCAUUUCAAUCUCGAUGGGAAAGGAGUGCAAAGCGAUUUUACGGUAAGUGAGCGCCAUAGUACCCCCUAAUCAUAUCCAUCUAUACUCUGUACAUAUAUAGGCAUGUAUAGAGGGAUUUUUUAAUCCUUUGACUUUAAUAGAAGAAUACAUUUCAUUCUGGGGGUGUAGGGGUUAUAUAUCAGUAGGGGUUACCUUUCUUAGUGAAAAUGAUUUAUUUCUAAUAUCAAUUCUCUUAUUUUUACAGUUUUCUUAAAAUUUUAUUCUACUUUAUCAUGUAUCCUUACAAUGUUGUAAGAGAUAAAAUCAACCGCUUAGUAAAGCCAAAGCGCAUUAAUGAUGACAUAGAUAUUGAGAAAAACACGGAAGAAAGACAAGAAGAAAAGAGGGAAGAAAAUACCCCUCCUACUUCCAAAUGGCGCUCUACGUUAGUUAUCAUAAUUAUUGGUUUCCUUAUGAUAAUUAAUACGACCAAUGAUGUCAUUUUUAGCGGUUCCCUACCUGACAUCAGGAAUCAUUCUGAUAUCAGCAAACAAAAAGCAUGGAUAUUCCAGAACAUGUGUAUCGGCAUUGGCAUAUCAACUGCAUCACUGUUUGCAUAUUUAUGGGGUGCAUACAGUAGUGUAAGAAUAAUAUGUGGAGUUAUUGCUGCGCGGAUGAUAUUCUCCACUGCCUGUUUAUACAUUCCAACAGAGAGUUUUGGAUUUUGGGCCUUACUCUGCCUUCAAAGUUCAUUAACCUCAGUCAGAGGCAGUUAUAUAACUGCUGCUCCUCUGAUAAUCGCCGAUCUAUUUGAAAACAGAACUCGAACUUUAAUACAGUGCAUCUUUUACAUCUUUUUUUCUAUUGCAUGUGCCGUGGGGUCCAUUUAUGGACCAGUUGUGACUGCCCUUUUGGGUUCCAAGUGGCGCAUUGCACUACAGGUGGACAUCUGGUUUGACCUGGUUGCGAUUCUGGUAUUUAUUUUACUGAUAACCAAACCAGGUGUAGGUGGCUUGGUAAUUAAUCCUACAAUUGAAAAGAAGAAAAGAAGCCUUAAAUUGGAUAUUUUGGACAUGGUUGUAAAGUGAGUAGCUACCAAGUAUAGUAGACUGCUGGACAUAUUUUCAGUUUAAUGUAGAAGCACAAAUAGGCAACUUUAAAAUUAGAUAAAAGAGGCUAGUAACACACCCAAGAUGGCAAUGCUACAUAUGCAUUUAUCCAUAGCUGUUAUUUAGACUAUAUUGCCAAACAUUAGGCAUCAUUUCUAUUCAAUGAUAGAGAUCCUUAUUUAAAUUCAUCUAAUUUUACCUUUACGUUUUAAUCAGUUCUGGCCCAGGCCAUGGGCAUGAACUCAGUAAUCCAAUCAAUUACAGGUAUAGGAUCCAUUAUCUGUAAACCAGUUAUCUAGAAAGCUCCAAAUUACAGA